UCCAAGAUGGCUGCCGAGGGAGAGAAACAGGCGGGCUGCAACCCCGUAUUCACUCCGGAGGAGUUCAAAGGUUACCCGACGCAGCCCAGCCCCCCCAGUUCUGCCCCCAGCACCCCCCUACACCAGCCCCCUGUCUACACGGAGGAGGACUACAAAACCUUUGACAUCAUCCGAGCCACGCAGUACGGAGUGAUUGACAGGUGUCAUGAACUGGUUGAAACCGGUUUCGACGUGCGCACACCGGACAAGGAGAAUGUCACGGUUCUACACUGGGCAGCCAUCAACAACCGGCUGGAACUGGUCAAGUACUACAUCAGUAAGGGAGCGAUCAUUGAUCAGCUCGGGGGGGAGCUAAACUCCACCCCUCUCCACUGGGCCGUACGGCAGGGCCACAUGUCCAUGACUGUCCUACUCAUGCAGUACGGAGCCAACCCUGCACUUCUGGACGGGGAAGGUUGUGCCUGUCUCCACCUGGCUGCCCAGUUUGGCCACACAUCUAUAGUCGCAUACCUGCUGGCCAAGGGACAGGAUGUGGACAUGAUAGACCAGAACGGCAUGACAGCGCUCAUGUGGGCAACUUACAGGACAUACGGCACGGACCCGACGCGUCUUCUCCUGACGUUUAACGCGAGCGUGAACCUGGGGGACAAGUACCACCGGAACACGGCGCUGCACUGGGGCGUGAUCUCCGGCAACACCAACGUGAUCACGCUGCUCAUCCAGCACGGUACCAACCUCAACGCACAGAACGACAGGGGAGAAACGCCUCUGGACAUCGCCGUUGCCAAGAGAAACCAGUGGAUCACCCAACGUCUGCAGAAGGCUCGGGAAGAGAAGGGACUGGACAGUACCCCUAUUAUGCAGAGGAUCAAGUCUGACCAGCGAAUCCGUCGUUACGUAAUGUGGGGGUUCCCAUUCGUUGUGAUCUACGUGAUCGGGCUGAUCUGUGAGCUGGACGAGCGAUGGUACAUCAAGCUGCUGCUCAUGGGCAUGCUCUACUUCUGCGGUUACAUCGUCAAAAAGGUGUUUUUUGACAGCACUUUCCAGACAACCAUCCCAGUAGCCAUCUACCUGGCCACAAAGUUCUGGAUGUACGUCACAUGGUUCGGCUGGUUCGGCCCUUAUGUGUCUGACCUUGAGGUGCGUGUCCCGUUCCUGGUGAACACGGCGUUCCUGAUGUACAACUUCUACCGCUGCUGGCGCGUCGACCCCGGGGUCGUCAACAACACAGCAGAGCAGAGGAAAAACACCAUAACUGAGCUUGCCGAGAAGGGAAAUCUGAACCUACAUGAACUCUGCAGCACAUGUGUGGUGAGAAAACCCAUCCGCUCCAAGCACUGCUCCAUCUGCAACAGGUGCAUCGCUAAGUUCGACCACCACUGCCCCUGGGUCGACAACUGUGUGGGAGUCGGGAACCACCACUACUUCCUGGGUUACCUGUUCUUCCUGCAGGGCAUGAUCAGCUGGUGUGUGUACGGCUGUUUUACAUACUGGAGCCAGCACUGCGGCCUGGGUUUCUCCCAGCUGGGUUUCUGGUCGUACGUGGGUGCCGCGGGCCACUGCUCGCCGUGGGUCAUGUGGAUCUUCCUCAACGCUCUGCUGCACUUCACCUGGGUCGGCAUCCUGCUCGUCUGCCAGGUGUAUCAGAUUUUCUGGGUUGCCAUGACGACCAACGAGCGGAUGAACUGUAAGAGAUACAAACAUUUCCUGUCCAGCAGCGGAGACAUCAGGAGCCCCUUCAAUUUUGGCGUAAUUCAGAACAUAUCGGAUUUCUUCAACGUGCGAAUCCCGGGUCUGGCGCGGCCGCACGUGGUCGACUGGCGGCAGCAGUACAGCGUCAACAUCCGGGAACAACCCGCCGACAAGGCGUACCAGUUCGUAUAACCCCAGGGGUCGUUGUCAGGGGCAACCGUAGGGUAGGCAAGGCCUUAUAUGGCAGGGGAGGCUAUCAAUGUGAAUCAGACGGGUAGAAAAUGUCAUUUGGGCAGAGGGAAGUUAUCAAUGUAAACAUGAAGGGUAGACAAGGCCUACCAGUUCGAAAACCCUGGGGGACGCUAUAAGGGCAACCAUAGGGUAGACAAGGCCAUAUAUGGCAGGGGGAGGCUAUCAAUGUAAACCUGAAGGGUAAAAAAGACCUACCAGUUCAUAUGACCUCUGGGGAGACUAUCAGUGUGAACUUUGAGGGUAGACAAGGCCUUAUAUGGCAGGGGG